UCGGUUUCCAUAAUAUCGCCGGCAUUUAUUCUUUUCUGUCUCUCAACAGGUGUUGUGUGCUUUCAAUAUCAUUUAUCUUAAUACAAUCGCAUAGUUAACAAAAAACUACAAAAUUGCUAAUUUCAUUGCUUCACUUCAGAAUUGUAGUAGUUUGGCCAAAAUGACGGUGAUAACGCUUAUCUCAUCGAACAAAUGCUUCGGUGGUUUGCAGAAAAUCUACUCGCACCAGUCCAAGGAACUGGACUGCGAAAUGAAAUUUGCCAUCUUCCUGCCUGCAGAGGCCGGAGAACGUAAACUUCCGGUUUUGUAUUGGCUCAGUGGGUUAACGUGCAACGAAACCAACUUUAUCCAGAAAUCGGGCGCUCAGCGAUAUGCGGUGGAACAUGGAUUGAUCGUAGUUUGUCCGGACACUUCCCCAAGGGGUGUGAAUCUGCCGGGGGAGGACGAUUCCUGGGACUUUGGUAGCGGAGCCGGAUUCUAUGUAGAUGCUAGCAAGGAACCAUGGAGCAAACAUUACAAAAUGUUCAGCUACGUAACCCAGGAACUGAUCGAUGUGAUCAACAACAAUUUUCCUACGGUUGUUGAUAAGCAAAGCAUCAGCGGCCACAGCAUGGGCGGACAUGGAGCGCUGAUAUGUGCCUUGAAAAAUCCCGGGCUUUACAAAUCGGUGUCGGCAUUUGCUCCCAUCAGUAACCCAACGGAUUGUCCCUGGGGAUUGAAGGCUUUCGGAGGAUAUUUUGGCGAUGAUCAAAAGGAGGAGUGGAACAAUUGGGAUGCUACCAAGCUGGUGGCCGGAUACAAUGGUCCACCACUGGAGCUGUACAUCGACCAGGGGUCUGAGGAUAGCUUCCUGAAGGAUAAACAACUUUUGCCGGAGAAUUUGCUGAACGCGGCCAAAGCUGCCCAGGUUCCGUGUGUGCUGAACAUGCGGGAGGGGUACGAUCACAGCUAUUUUUAUGUUUCUUCUUUUAUCGGUGAGCAUAUCGCUUACCAUGCUAGGCAUUUGAAGUGAAACUGGAGAGCAUUUUAAGAAUUAUAUUUUUGUCUAUGUCCUUUUUUUAAAUAAACAGUGCUAAAGAUGCUUGAAA